GCAUAAAAUUGAAUAUUGGGCCGAAAUUGUUAACUUUUUGUCGGUCCAUGAUAUAAUCUAGAAAGAUCUAAAUUGAGAAGAAAAACGUCAAUAGCAGCACACAAGAUUGAAAAAUUCUGGCGGCUCCAAAACAAAUUUGCUAACUUGCUGGAAAAGAUACGAAUAGAAAUAAAAAAUACCCAUUGAAAAAACCAUGUAUAUUUGAAGAUCGAAAACAAGGAAGUCAAGAGUGCAAGAGAGAGUGAAAAAUGGUGUUGUGGGAGAUCACACUGGGGACGGCUUAUUUCUUGGGGCUUAAACGAACUUACAGGCUUGCUUUGAAGAUUCAGCGUCGGAUUAUUAGCCCUAAGCGUCCCAGGAUUCGACAAUUUGUUCACAGACGAACACGUGAUGUAUUUGACAUAGCACUCAAGGUUCACCAGAAUAUACAACAGAGAGACUUGGAAGUUGGUAGGAACCUUGGUAACUGGAUCCUCCGCUGGCUUGACAAAAUGAAACCUUCUGCCCAAAUCCGACCUCCAAGCCACCAGAAACCCCACCAUGGUACCGGCAGUGCAAAUAUGAACAUCACAAAGCAAGUGAAUAACUCAUCAAAAACUCCUAGAAGCUUGCAGACACCACGAAAUGGUGAAGCUGAUAGACGUCUUUUUAGUUCAUCAACGUAUAUGCUGUCUAAAUCCCUCCCUACAAUUGCAAUGAUGAUUCGGCCACCAAAGGCUGCUGGAAACAUGACUCAGUACAGGCAUUUGAGCAUCAAUGGACCUCACACACUGAGGUUGAACUACACACGAGGCGAAGGACUUAUUAGAAAGGAUAUAAUGCAAUGGAUGCUGCACAACUGAAGAUUUGAAACUCUUUUCCGUUUGCAUUUGUGGACUUCAGAAACCCCCUAUGGUCGUGGAAGGGGGUAUGUUUGGUGCUGGAAAUUGUUUUCUUGAAAGGAUACAUUGCUUUUGAGUUUGGCCUGUUCAUGGGACAAUAAAAUGUACUUGUCAUCUGCGUUUGUAGAUUCUUUCGAGUCUAUAUGUUCCAGCAUUCUGUUGCUUGGAGAACACAGAUGUUAUGACAUUGUCGUUAUGUUAUACAAGAUCUGUGAAUCAUUUGGUUUGCCAUUGCCAUAUGGAAAUUUUCUUUGGACACUAUUUGUGAUAACGUUGAAUUUUACUUAAAUUUGAUUACCAAUCUUAUGUAA